AAACCGUGGACAUUUUGAUGAAGGCAAUCACAAUUCGAAUGUGGCUUCUAGAAGGAUUUCUGGUCUUUUCGGUUCCCCGCCCUCACUGAGUUGUUGAUAGCGCAAGGAGUGGCAACAGAAGCCAAACAUAACAAACAUGUGUGGAAGAGCGCGUUGCAGUCUCAGAGUCGAUGAUAUUCCCCGGGCUUGUCACUGCACUAACGGCCCCGUCCGUAGCGUUAACACGGACAGGUACCGCCCGUCGUAUAAUGUAGCACCGGGUUCAAAUAUUCUGGUUGUCAGGAGAGAUGAUGGAUCUGACGGCGAAGGUGUUGUUCUCCAUUGUAUGAAAUGGGGACUAAUUCCUAGUUUCACUAAGAAAACUGAGAAAGCUGAUUUUUAUAAGAUGUUCAAUGCACGGUCCGAAUCAAUAUCUGAAAAGGCCUCUUUUCGUCGCCUGCUUCCUAAAAACCGGUGCCUAGUGGCAGUAGAAGGAUUCUAUGAAUGGAAAAAAGAUGGCUCAAAAAAGCAGCCUUACUACAUUCACUUUAAAGAUGGCAAGCCUCUUGUGUUUGCAGCUCUCUAUGAUUCUUGGGAAAGCUCUGAAGGUGAGAUACUUUACACUUUUACCAUACUUACGACAUCCUCAUCAUCUGCUUUGCAGUGGCUGCAUGACAGGAUGCCUGUGAUUUUGGGUGACAAGGGAGCAAUGGACAUAUGGCUAAAUGGUUCUUCAUCUUCCAGAUAUGAUAUGAUACUUAAACCAUAUGAAGAUUCAGAUUUGGUUUGGUAUCCGGUUACACCUGCUAUGGGUAAGCCGUCUUUUGAUGGGCCAGAGUGCAUUAAGGAGAUACAGUUUAAGACUCGGGGGAAGAAUCCUAUCUCAAACUUUUUCUUGAGAAAGGAAAGCAAAAAGGAAGAAUGUUUAAAUUUUGUGAAAAGUAGUUCAAUGGACAAGUGUAUAAAGGCAAAUCUGCCAGAAGGCUCGGAGGAAGAGUGCCACAAAGAAAUAAGAAUAGAACAAGAAUCAAACCUAAGCUAUAAUACAUUUGAAAGAUCUGCGGGGACAAAUUUAUCAAAAAGUCUGAAAGAGGAACCCCUUAGCACAGAUCACAUAGGAGCUCAGUUGUCAUCAGAAGUAGAGUAUGAUUCAAAGCCGCGGGUUUCAUUACUUCCUAAUGACGGUACUACAAAGUGUCAAACAAAGCGAGACUAUGAGCAGUUUUUAGCUGAUUCAAAGCCACCUAUAGGUAGUCCGAUCAAGAGGAAAGGAGUACGUGCAGAUGUCGGGGAUAAACAGCCGACACUGUUUUCCUACUAUGGGAAAAAAUAAAACAUUUUAUGUAGAAUUAGGUGAUGGUGGUAGAGGUGGCGGUUGUGUGGUGGCAGUUUGGUGGAUAGAACAAUGUAUGGCUAGGGGAGUUUUCUGUCCACGGGUUUUUGGGAAAUGUGUUCUCCUGCUGGAGAACUCCUCCACCACAACAAAUGUUAAUAAGUUUCAUGUAGAAUUCUUUCAUAAUAUUAAGUGACAGCUUGCUUUAAACUCAA